CACUUAGCCGACCAGCGUAGUCUCCAGGAUGAGCCCCAAAAAUGUGGUCUUCAAGAAGGUCUGCAAGGACAAGUCGGUGACAGUGUACAUGGGUAAGCGGGACUUUGUGGACCGCGUGGACUCAGUGGACCCUGUGGAUGGCGUCAUUUCUGUGGACACUGAAGCUUUGCAGGGAAGGAAAGUGUUCGUCACCCUGUCCUGCGUGUUUCGGUAUGGCCGGGAUGACAUGGACGUGAUGGGGAUUGCAUUCCGACGGGAGCUGUACCUCUCAACGCGGCAGGUGUACCCCCCUCUGCAGGAUCGGGACAAGGCCGUGCACACCAAGACCCAGGCCAAGCUACUGCGCAAGCUUGGAGACAAUGCCUAUCCAUUCUUCUUCGAGUUUCCAGAUAACCUGCCCUGCUCUGUGGCCAUGCAACCGGCCCCCUCUGACGUUGGAAAGCAAUGUGCCGUGGAGUUUGAAAUCAAAGCCUUCAGCGCAGAGAGGCAGGACGCCAAGAUCAAGAAGAGGAGUGCGGUUCGUCUGAUGCUGAGGAAGGUCCAGUAUGCUCCAGAGAGCCAGGGCCCUGCUCCAUCUGUGGAGGCCACCCGUGAGUUCACCAUGUCUGACCGCCCACUGCAUGCCAAGGCCAGUCUGGACAAGGAGGUCUACUACCACGGAGAGCCCAUCAAAUUGCACCUGCAGGUCACCAACAACUCCAGCAAGAACAUUAAGAACAUCAUUGUUUCUGUGGACCAGGUGGCCAACGUGGUGCUCUACUCCAACGACAGCUACACCAAGUCCGUGGACAUCGAGGAAUGUGGGGAUUCUGUGCCCGCUGGAGACAGUCUGAAGAAGACUUACACCCUGCUGCCAUUGCUGGCCAACAACAGGGAGAGGCGUGGCAUCGCACUGGAUGGAAAACUCAAGCAUGAAGACACCAACCUGGCUUCCACCAGCAUAGUGAAGGAGGGCGCGCUCAAAGAGGUGAUGGGGAUCAUGGUGUCCUACAGGGUCAUGGUCAAACUCAUCGUCGGAGGAAUGAUGGGCUCCAGUGAAGUCGGACUAGAGAUCCCCUUCAAACUCAUGCACCCAAAACCAGAUGCAGUGAAGGAGAGCGAGUUGGAGGAGGAGCUGGUCUUCCAGGAGUUCAAACGCACUUACCUGAAAGGCAUGCUGGGAGAUGAUGAUGAUGAGGAGGAGGGCAACGUGUCAGGAGGAGAUGACAUGGCACCCAAAGAGAAGUAACCCAGCAGCUCCCAGGCACCCAGCACCCACCCAUAAAGGACUUCCAGAGUGGUCUUUGUUGGGUAAAAUUCUGGUCCAAGUGGCCAGACUUUCAAUCAGUGAAUGCAGUAUCAUAGACAACUAGUGUUUAAGGG